CGCGCAUGCGCAGCCCCGUGUGAGCCCCCUGCAAUUUUUUUUGAAUGAAUUUUACCGCUUAGCUGAGUCCGGGGCUCGUUUGCAUCGCGCCCCUCUGCCCUCCCCUGCAUUGCACCCCCCGCGCUGCUGUUUUCACCCGGGAAGGACGCCUUUUCCACCAAUUUCCACAAUUUUUUAUUAUUGCUUUUGCAAAAUGCAAUAAGGGAUCCCUUCCAGGAUGGAGCAGCAGGCAAGAGAGAAGAGAAUGUGCAGCAAGUGGGAUCGGAGAGAAUCUAUGUUGUCGUGAACCGAGGCUGUGAAAAGGCAGCCCUUCUGAUUUCACCAUGCUUUAGGGCCUUGCAAUGGCAGAGGACGGGCCUCCGGACCAGAAAAGACCCAGGAGAAAAUUGUUCCUCUCUAAGAGCAAUAAAAACCCCGCAAGGAAAAAUGGCAGAGGGGGGCUGUCUGCAGCUCCAGAGUCUUCUUCCAUUCUUUCCCUUUUUAACAAUGCUCCCCCCGCCAGAAUUGCUUGUCCCUUGUGUGGCCAGACGAUACCAAGGUACACAAUCAACCAGCACAUUGACGAAGAAUGCAAAAAUAAUCAGAAUGAGGACAAUGUGGAUGCAACUGGCUUAACGUCCGCUGUCGCCCCCGGGCCGUCAGCUGAACCUGGGCCUGUCAGUUCGAGUCCAUAUUUUGCCGCUAAGCUCUCAACACCUGAGAAAAAUCGCAGCCUUUUCAGAGGAGACAAUCGGGAAACAGAAAGGGAGUCAGGAGAACAGACCAGUCCUUAUUUCAAGAAAGUUGGAAAACCAGCCCUGCUUGAUGACCAACUUAGAGAUGGUGCCAUUAAAAAUAUCUCCGUGAGAACCCUGUCCACCAGAUUGUCCAGGAGGUGGCGUGGUCGCAGCAGGGAUGGGUUGACUCAAGGUGGCCAACCUUCUCCAUCUCAAGAUGGCAUCCCAGAGCAGAAACCUAACCAGAAACCUUGGGGUGAAGAUUCCCUGAAGGAGGACCAGUUGUCCCCAUCAAGAUUCGGAUGGGCAACUGGAGCUCUGAAUAAGGAGGGUGAUAUCUCAAGUUUGGGGCAAGAAGAUGACCCAAGAUCUCUCUCUGAUGGCCUGAAUGAUCCUGCUCUGGUAUCACUCACGUGCAGAGAACUUGGGCUGCCAAGAAAAGGCCGCCAGCAGGUGAGUAACCCCCAGAAGGAUCUAGAUGUUCAACAGUUGGGAAUAUCUUCAGUAGUUGAGGAGGAAGGCGUGACAGCCAGUUAUCCUAAAGGAGAGCCACCCAAGUUGGAAUCCCAGAGUUUCUCCUCCAACAAGCCAGAUCCAGCGAUAGAAGAAGACAAUCACCAUGAGAUGCAAAAGUUCUCCAGUUCCACAGGAGAUGGGAUGGAACGGCUUUCUAUGGACGAUGAGGCAGGGCCCGGAAUUGAAGUGGAGGAUGAAUUAUGUUUGGCAACUUUAGAAAAAGCCAGUUUUCCACAUUCAAGUGAGGAGGUUGGGCCUGGCCUGGAUUCAGCUGGACACCCCUAUUACCUCCGAAAUUUCCUCAUGGUCCUGGAGGCCGUGCUGGAGAACGAAGAUGACCGGAGACUCUUCAAUGAGGACGAUUCGGAGGCCAUUGCUCGGUUCUACAAGCUUUCAGCUGGUGGACAGAAACUCUACGUCCGGCUUUUCCAGCGUAAAUUGGCCUGGAUAAAGACGAAUAAAAUAGAAUAUGAAGAGAUCAGCUCAGAACUUUCACCGGUCAUCCGAGAGCUUGUUGAAGCAGGGUUCCUGCAGUCUGAGGCCGAAUUGCAAAACCUACCGGAAGUCCUUGACUUACUUUCCGCCCCCGAGUUGAAAGCUUUAGCGAAAGAAUUUCACUUGAAAAACCCAACUUCUCCCAAGCAGCAACUUCUGGAAGAUUUCCUCCGGUUGGCAAGACAGCGCUCCAUCUUUGGCACGUGCCAAGCUGGGAUUGGCAGUGUCAUUCUAAAGAAGGCUAAAGUCCUUGCGGGGAAAUGCAUCAAGGUUUGUCGUGAGGCCCGGGCUGUUUUUUCCCGCGUGCUGCUGCUUUUCUCCCUGACGGAUCCCGUGGAGGAGGAAGAAGCCGGAAGUGGCGGCCAAAGGCAACUUUCUACGGUGCUGAUGGUCAACAUGGGCCGGACCGUCUUCCCUACUUACACAGUCAACAGGAAAACGCCGAUAUUUCAAGAUCGGGAUGAUUUCCUUCGGUACGCUGCCGCUGCGCACACCUCCAAUGACAUUUCCGUGGCCAUGACCGGCGGGAAGUGGGAAGAGGCGCGCUGCCUGUACGAGACCGCGAAAGCAUCUUGGCAGGAGCUGAAGGGACACCCUUCCCUCAGCCAUCACCGAGCCCUCCCAGAAUACCUGCGGCGUUUCACCGUGGGGUGGGUGUACACCCGGAUCCUGUCGCACGGGGUGGAGAUCCUGCAGAGGCUUCACAUGUACCAGGAGGCCGUGGAGCAGCUGCAAGAACUCCUGGCUCAGGAAGACUACUGCGUGGACAGCCGAGGGCAGUGGUGGGAGCGGCUAGCUCUGAACUUACACCAGCAUUUGAAAGACACCAAGAAGGCUGUGGCGUCCAUCCGGAAAGGCCUCCUGGAUCCCUUCCUUCGUCCAGGCCACCGGCUCGGACUCUCCCAGCGAGUCCAAAGGAUGAAGGACGCCCCGUCCUGCCAGAGGUUCAAGCGUCUUCUUCUCGACCUGCCUCUCCUCUCUGUGGAUGACGUUACCCACGUGACCAUCAAGGGAAAACUCUGUCCACAGACCGGGAUGGGCAAAUCCGUGUUUAUCCUGGAGAGUCAAACGGAGGGAGCAGAACUCUUGGCGGUGGUCUGCUCCGUUGAGGAACUGGCCUUAGCCCACUACAAGCAACAGGGCUUCGAUCAAGGCAUCCAUGGCGAAGGGUCUACAUUUACUGCCCUCUUUGGGCUCCUGAUGUGGGACGUCCUUUUCAUGGAUGGCAUCCCCGACGUCUUCAGGAACCCAUACCAGGCUUUCCCCCUGGACCUCUACACCAGCAGUUUUUACAAGAACCGCCGGUCGGCCAUCGAGCCCAGGUUGCAGUCGGUGCACGAGGCCUCGACGGAGACGCUCCAGGAGUGGGUGGGCGAAGUGUGGGCUGCCCAGAAGGGCAAAGCGUCAGGGCUGAUCGACUGGGACCGCUUCUCUUCCCUCCAGCAAGCCCAGAGCCUGGUCUGCUGCUUGGGGGGCCCGUUUCUGAGUGGAGUUUGCCGGCGUCUCUCCCAAGAUCUACGCCACUGUAGGGGGGGCCUCCCCGAUCUUGUCGUCUGGAGCACGGGAAGCCGGCAAUAUAAGUUGGUGGAGGUGAAGGGCCCCGGUGAUCGGCUUUCGCACAAGCAGACGGUGUGGCUGGACGAGCUGCAGAAGCUGGGCGCGUCGGUCGAAGUUUGCCACGUAGAGGCGGUCGGGGCUAAAAGUCAGCGCCUUGGGUGAAGGAAGUGGGGGGGGUCUUCCCCCAACUAACACAGGGAUCGGGGAUCCAGUGGAAUAAAAUCUUCCGA